AUGUGCCUAAGAGGUAAAGUUGAGGAAUAUGCACUUGAAAGAGAGAGGGCGACUGCACCUGAAGGCAUUGCUCAGAAGAGGAAGGUGUAUGCUAAUGAGUAACUUCAAGAAGCAGCAAAGUCAACUAUAGCGAGAAAGGAAGCCUUGGACCGGGAGGGAAGCGUUAGUGUGAAAGUCAUCAACACCGACUAGACUGAGCGAAGUCACCCAGAGGCCAGGGCAGAGGGAGGAGAGAGAAGAAGAAGAAGCGUACCAAAGCCAGAAACCAGCAGAAAACAAGUUCUAAGAAUGGAUGAAGACUUUAAAACACAGGCUCUUGACUCUACUCUUCAAAGUCCAUCAGAGACAUUACUUUCCAUUCGACUGUUAGACUUUAAAACAAGUUUAUUGGAGGCAAUAGAAGAACUGCGUAUAAGAAGGGAAACAGAGAUUAAUUAUGAAGAUCAAAUAAGUAAAAUCGUUGUAGAGAAACAGGAACUUGAAUGGCAGAAGGAAACUCUGCAGCAUCAGAUGGACACAUUGCACCAACAAAACAAAGAAGCUGCCGCAGCUUUUAAAAAACAGUUACAGGCAAGGAUGUUUGCCAUGGAAGAAGAAAAGGGAAAAUAUCAACUUGCUGUAGAAACAAAAGAAAAAGAAAUUGAUGGACUGAAAGAAGCAUUAAAAGCAUUACAGAUUUCAAAAUACACUUUACAAAAGAAACUGAAUGAAAUGGAUCAAAAAUUACAGAUGCACUUAACAGCAAAAGAGGAGCAUCAUAAGAAACUGAAUGAAGUUGAGAAGUGUUAUGCUACUAUUGCAUGUCAGUUUGGAAUCAUAAAAGGUGUUCAUGGAAAACUAGAACACAGUGUACAGGAAGCGAUACAGCUCAAUAAGAAACUAGCGUCAGUGAAUAAAAGACAAGAGACCGAAAUAAGUAAUCUGAAGGAAGAACUGAAGAAAGUAACUACAGACUUGAUAAGGUCCAAGGUCACAUCUCAGUACAGGGUGGGAGAAGAAAACAUCAAUCUUGCAGCAAAGGAGAAACAGUUUCAAGAACUGCAACAAAAAAUCAGAAUGGAGACAGCAGUUAGUAAAAAAGUUCAAGAAGAAAACACUCACAUUAAAGAAGAAAAACUGGAAAUUCUGAGCUCUCUACAAUGUGUGCAGGAGCUGCUUCAGCGAAUAACCCAAACGAAUGUUAGAAUGGAAAGUGAAUUAAAUGCCCUGAAAGAAGACUAUCAGACCCUUGAAAGAGAUAAUGAGCUGCAAAGGGAGAAGGCAAAGGAAAAUGAAGAAAAGUUCCUUAAUCUUCAGAAUGAGCAUGAGAAAGCACUAAGAACUUGGAAAAAAGAUGAAGAAAAUAUGAGAAAAGAGAUAGACACUAUUAAAAAUGAGUUGAAUUCCCUUAAAGGAGUUCAUAGACAUCUUGAAGAUUAUCAUCCACCUCAGGGAAAUCAGCAUUCUGAGCAAGUGGAAAAUCUGCAGAUGCAUUCAGCAGUUCAGCCCAUACCAACAAAUGUGAGUGGUCAAGAACACUCAAAAGACAGUGAAGUACAGGCUAAUCAGAAAGGAAAUGAAUGUAUGCAAUCUAUAAUAAGAAAAGACUGUAAUUCUGGACAUGAUGAAGAAACUGCAGUAAAAGCCACAACGGACUACUCUUUAAGCAUUGAGGAAUUACAGACAGAACAAAAUUUACAAGUUCUUGAAAACGUUUUUAAGGAUGAAAGUAAUGUUGCUAGCCCUUAUGAAGAAAAUCAAAGGGAGGCUUCUCCCAGGAAUACCUUCUGCACAGAUACUCAUUUAAUUACCCAAGGACAGACCUCGGAAAUACAUGUCACUGAGUGCAAAGAAGCAGAAAAUCUAGGAGCAACACGUAGAAUGUUACUGGAGGAAAACAAUGCAAAUUUAGAACAAAAGCUACAGGACAGCACUGAGCCAUUGGCAGCAUGCCACACACAAACAAGAAAAGUCUUUUUAGACAGUACUGACACUGUAGGUGUCUACAAGAAAAAUGCAAGUCAGGAGACUGACUCUAGCAAGCAAGAUUUGUGCAAUACUACAGAUGAAUCAAUUUGUACUAAGGCAGAUAAAAAAUCAAAUACCGUACAACACAACAAAAGCGUCCCUACAUCUGAAGCACUCAAAACUGAGUCUGAAGCGGUUCUUUGCACUGAGAAGAAUGCUGUGUGUGAGAGAAGUAUAGAAAAUCAUCAAGCUAAGGAAUUAAGUUUUGGCAUCCUAUCUUAUACUAAAGAAAAUUCUCAAACAGAAUACCAAAAAUGUAGCCUGCUAGACAGUGACAAGUAUGUAGGUAAUGGAUUACAUAAAACAGAAGAAAACCUGUUAAACCUGAGUGGUUUACAUAGAGAUAAACUUCCUUUUAAACAGACACAAGCAGAUGCUGAAGACAGAAAUUACGAUGACAAUGCCGGAAACAUAAACGACGCACUAAGGAGUACUGGUGUUCCAGCAACCGAUGCUCAAAAUCUACCAACUAUUCAUUGUGAUAAUGCAACCAGUGAUGAUGCCACAAAAGAACACAGUGAUAAUAUGUCUCUCUUAGGUAUUUUCAAUUUAUGCCCCCCAAAAAUAGAAAGAAGAAUAAAUGUGGAUGACGUGCACAGUAAGCAACCUGAACGAGACCAUACUGAACAAACAGGGAAUGAUACAAAUACAUGUACUUUGAAUGCUGAAGCCAUAUCUCCAGUAAAAGCUGAUGGUCUUGAAAUAAUUGUUCAUAAAAUACCCUCAACAGAUAGAAUUGGUACAGAUAAACUAAUUCCAUGUAAAAAAGUUAACGAUGAUAUUCAGAUACACUCCAUCAAAAAUGGACAUUCCCUGGAGAUUAAUAAUUCAACAAAUAACACAUUGUUACAAAAGAAAAAAGACUCACUGAAUAGUACAGUUCCAGGAAGGAAGUUUGCUGAGGGUCACCUGAAAGAAUCAUGCUCUUUACCCAUGAGAACAUCUGGAAAUUUAGUAAACAUAAAUGGAAGGUCAUCCUUUGAUCCUUCAACCUCAGAUAAAGAAGCUGAGAAAACUCUAGUACACUUAAAUUUUUUAGACCUCAGUUCUUGUUCAAGAGUAAAUCAAAUGAGAGGUCAAGCUACAUGGACUUCAGCUUCCAAGGAACCUUCCCUUUUGAAAGAGAAACUAUCAUGCUUAGUAGAAAAUACAAAGGUUAUUUCAAAAACACAGUGUCAAAAUCUCAGUGAAAAUGUUGACAGAAGAGAAACAGGACUAGGUUCUACCAGUUUUAACAGAGCUGCUGACACUUUGAAUACCUCUAGUAUCCACCGAGACCCCCAGGGAGACCCUAGUGAAGAAUGGAAUGCUAUAGCAAAGACUUUUUAUGAUUCUUCUUUUCCCACAGAACAUGUGAAAGAAGGAUUUACUGCUUUACAGCACAAGCAGAAGUCUUCUCACAUGACUGUUACUCCAGCAAGAAGUGACAGUGCACUUAGAGAUGAGGACAGCUAUUCUAUUCAUAACUCCACUUUACAAGACCAAAUAGAAGAAAUGGAGAAAUUCCUGAAUUUGGAGAGACUUCAUUCAGCAAGAAAAAGAAAAUAUGAAGAAGAGCAGUGAAGAUCAGUGGCAGGAGAUAAAAAGCAUAU